UGCUUUCUAACAGCUAACAGAUUCCUUGUUUAUAUAAAUAACCUCAAAACUGCUCAAUUCUUCGUUCCCUGACACUCGAAGUGCAACCUGUGCAACUCGUGUAAAUUCGUUUGUUGACAUCGUCGGUUAAGUUGAGCACGUGUUUCGUCAGGUUACCUGGUCGCUUAGUAUCGCACAGUUCUCUCCGAAAACGAUCUUCGAUGGCACCGUCGAAUGUGACAAUUGGUACGCACAGUGGCUGUUUCCAUUGCGACGAGGCAUUGGCUUGUUUCAUGUUGAAACGAUUGCCUGAGUAUGAAAAUGCUUGUAUUGUUAGAUCACGAGAUCAAAAAGUAUUGGAUUCCUGCGAUAUCGUUGUGGAUGUGGGUGGAGUUUACGAUCAUGAUAAACGACGCUAUGAUCAUCAUAUGCGAGAAUUCAAGGAAACUGGAAGCACUGUUAUGAAAAAUGAAAGCCUCAAUUGGAAUAUUAAAUUGAGUAGCGCUGGUCUAGUUUAUUGCCACUAUGGACACAGAGUCAUUAAGCAACUGGUACCUGAAGUAAUGGACGAUGCAGACAUUGACAGAAUUUUUAAAAGGGUCUAUGAAUCGUUAAUUACAGAAGUUGAUGCAGUGGACAAUGGAGUGCCAAUGUUUGACGGAGAACCUGUGUAUCGUAUUGUAACUAAUUUGAGUGCACGUGUGGCAAGGUUAAACCCUGACUGGAACAGUGAGGGUUCCGACAGCGAUGCACUUUUUUUAAAAGCGAUGGAUCUCUGCGGCGAGGAGCUCAAAUAUUUUGUCAAUAAUGCAGCAAGUACUUGGCUUCCAGUGAGAGCAAUCGUCAGGGAAGCAGUUUUGAAAAGAUUUGAUGUCGAUCCUAGCGGUGAAGUACUUGAGCUAGUAAAAGCUCUGCCCUGGAAGGAUGCCUUUUUCGAAUUAGAGCGCGAGAGUGCGAUCGAGCCUCCCAUCAAAUACGUCAUCUUCGAGGAUAAUAACUACAGAGUUCAAUGUGUACCGGUUGCACCAGGAAGUUUUGUGUGCAGGAUGUUCCUGCCGGAAGCUUGGGCUGGUUUGAGGGACGAGGAAUUGUCUCGUGUUGCUGGUAUCGAAGGCUGUGUAUUUUGUCAUACGGUUCGUUUCAUCGGGGGAAACAAAACGCGAGACGGCGCACUCGCCAUGGCUCGGAAAGCUCUUGAAAUCGGCAGAUUAGCAAGCAAUUGAAGUAUAUUUGCAGCCUAAACCAGUAAUUGGUUUAUGUUCGGUUGGGGACCAGAAAGCAUGUGAUCUUCAAAGCUUUUCCCUCAUCAGUUAGAAAAAUAUCUGAAGCUGUUUGUGCAUUCGGAGAUUCUUAUUUUCAUAAAAUCCACUUUUUCAUGUAAUUUUUGUGUUAACUAAUUCAUCGAAUUUUCACACGAAAAUAUUUUCGAUCUAUAAAAAUUUCUUUCUACGAUAUUAUCGACAGCGCUUUCAGCUUUCCAAAUAUACCUAACCAGUUGAAAA